AAAUGCAGAUCUGACAUACGCUGGAGAGGGGGAAGAGAAAGGGGUAUUUUAACUUCUGGUCUCCUCCCUGAGAAUCAUACGUGGUAGUUGCAAAUUGCACAAAGGUGAUGCUGGAAUGAAGAAUACUAGAGUUGGCUAACACCGUUUUGGGGGUAUUUCACACACGCUUGAUAAAUCUUGCCGCUAUCGCUACCCUGAGGUAAAGCAUAUCUCAAAUCUACAACGUACGACCAUUAUCGGUUACGUACGUAACGCAAAUUUUGAAGCUUUUUUAGAUCUUUUCAUGGUCGUGAUUGUCUGUCAAAAGAAUGGUCAAAGAUUAGAGACAAGGCUGUCUGUGGAGGGACUAGGUAUUCUUUGCUUUCCAGUAACGGAAAAAAUACCAAAAACAAAAACAUCAUAGGUAAACAAUAGAUUUUUGUCAAUUCGUUAGUGUAGUAAAGUCGAUUAAAAAUAUAAUUAUAAGUUAAUAAUGGAUAAUAAACUAUGCCGUCUAUGUUGUAUUAAUAGUGGUAACUCAAAUAUUUUUCACACAGACAGUUGUGGCAUUUUACUGAGUGACAAAAUCAUGUAUUGCUGUGCCAACAUUAAAUUAACAGAGGAUGAUGGACUGCCUACAUGUAUUUGUAAACUUUGUGAACAAGAGCUCGCUACUGCCUAUCAAUUUAUAUUGAAAUGCGAAGCAACAGAUAAAUCAUUACGUUCAACAAUUAAUGUUUGUGCUAACCUAAAACCAGACUUGAACAAUGACUGCGAAACUAAACUAGAGAUAAAGGCAGAAGAGCCUAAUAGCGAUUGUGAUUUUCCGUGUAAUUAUGAAUCGAACGAUGAUCUCGAUAUUCCGCUUGCUGCUUUUUAUAAAAAUAUCAAAGCUGAAGCAAACAAUUCGAACUCUGCUGUUGUAAACAAAAACAAAUCACACACUAAAAAAGUUAAGAAGCGACAAAGAUACAAAGAACCUGUCCCUACAAAUUGCUCAAUAUGUGAUCGUAAAUGCCAGAAUCCGUCCACAUUGGUUGCUCAUAUGCGUUCACAUACUGAUGAGAAACCUUACCAAUGUGUUUCAUGUAAUAAAUGUUACAAAGACCCAGGAAGCUUGAAAAGACAUACUGAACGAAAUCAUUUAAAGCAAAGGGAACGAAAAUUUAUAUGUGAAACUUGUGGGAAAGGGUUUUAUUCAAAAACCGAUUAUGUCACCCACAUGCGCAGUCAUACAGGUGAAACUCCAUAUACAUGCUCAGAAUGCCCGUCAAGAUUUACACAGUUAAGUUCUUUAAUAAGACAUAGGACAAAGCAUUCCGGUGAGAAAUCACAAGUGUGCCCUACCUGCAGUAAAAGGUUCAGUACAAAAGACCAGCUCAAUACACAUCUAAAAGUUCACACAGAUAUAAAAAAACAGUUUCCAUGUUCAAUUUGCAAUGUACUGUUUAAGUAUAAGAACAAUUUGAAUAAGCACAUGAAAAUGCAUACAAAUCCAAGCAGGUUUGUAUGCAAUUACUGUGGUAGAAUGUUUAAUCUGAAAGGAAAUUUAAAAAUACACAUUGAUAGAGUUCACUCUGAAAAAUCUGGAGUUUGUAAUGUUUGUAGUAAGAUUGUUUCCAAUAUUGAAGUACACAUGUGGAGGCACACUGGUCAAAGACCAUUAAAGUGCGAGUAUUGUACAAGUAGCUUUUAUGAACUAAAAGCUCUAGCCCAUCAUAUGAACUUUCGUCAUAAAUAUGCAGAUAAGUAUAAGUGCACUAUUGAAGGCUGCUUCCGGACAUUCCCAUCUCAGCCCAUGUUAGAUUUUCACAUAGCAAAAAUACAUGAAAGCAACAUCAAGUUUCCCUGUGAUAAAUGUUCGAGAGGUUUUUACAGGAAAAAUGAUCUAGCACGCCAUAAAAUUGGCACCCAUAAAGAAAAACUAAACUAGUCUCAUGCUAUUAUGUCAAUAAUUUAAUAUUUAUUUCCUUGUCUGAAAACAGUAUAAAUAAAACAAAAUAUUUAUUAUACUAAAAAGUUGUUUUAAGUUCCAAUAUUCUUCCUUCCCAUUGAGGCUCCAUUUUCAAAUCUGAUUUUUAAAUGCAUCAACUUUAGUUUAACCCCUGG